AUGGACACGCGCAGCUCCCAAGCUGUCUCCUUCGGCCAUAUCGAACUCUGCAAAACCUCGUUCUGCCCCUCUGGCGGCACCAGGCAGCUCCGCGACAUUACCCCAAAAAUCCUCGGAUGCAUCUGCUACCGCUGCUCGUCGAGCAGAUUCUUCUCUGAAAGCCAAGGCGGCUGCUCUCGAGUCAACCACUGUGGCUUCGUCUUCAUCAAAAGCUUCGGGCAAGGAUGCAAAAGCAUUUCGAACUACACCUUCAUUUUCGGGACCGAUGGGCCACGUCUUAAACAAGGAAAUCUACGAAAUUUCGCGUUGGACCAUGAUGAAGGUCGCUCCCGAGUGAAGGACCUUUUACCGAAGGCACCCAUUAAGAAGGUCUCCAAGCCAAAGCCCAGAUACACCGCACAACGUCGGAAGAAUGUAUUUAUCCCUUCAACCCUAACUGUGGCGACACUUGCGCGUCUACUUAAUGUGAAGCUUACCCACCUCUUGAACAAGAUGCGCCGAGUUGGUAUGGAGUCCGAGGCAAAUUACGAUUACAUUCUUAAUUCCGAUUAUGCCAUGUUGCUCGUGGAGGAGUUCGGUUUCAAUCCCAUUGUCAACGACGAAGCUGCCUUCGACAUCCAUCCUCCCCCAUCUCAUCCAAAUCCGUCUGCGCUACCUUCUCGCCCUCCGGUCGUGACCAUUAUGGGCCAUGUUGACCAUGGAAAAACUACAUUACUGGAUACAUUGCGGUCGGCUGCCGUCGCAAAAGGUGAAGCUGGUGGUAUAACUCAACACAUUGGUGCCUUUUCUGUGCCUGUGGUCAGUUCUAGCGGGCCUCAAUCAAUCACCUUUCUGGAUACCCCCGGCCAUGCAGCUUUCUCAGCAAUGCGGGCCAGAGGCGCCAACGUGACAGACAUCGUAGUGUUGGUGGUUGCUGCAGAUGAUGGAAUAAUGCCACAGACGAAAGAAGUCAUUAAUCUUCUGAAGAGAGAAGACAGCCAAGUAGAACUGGUUGUUGCCAUUAACAAAAUCGACAAACCAGGCGCCGACUUGGAUGCCGUGAAAACGGCUCUUAUGGUGGAGGGCAUUCAACUUGAAGAGCUGGGUGGCGAUGUUCCUGCGGUGCCUGUCUCUGGCUUGACGGGUCAAGGUCUCCCAGAGUUGGUUGAGACACUCUCGGCCGUUGCGGAGGUCCGGGACCUUCGAGCGGAACGCGAUGGCCCAGUGCAGGGCCAUGUCCUGGAGUCGAAUAUGCACAAAGGAUUGGGGUCUGUUACAACGGUUUUGAUUCGGAGGGGCAGCCUCAAAGCCGGAUCUCAUAUAAUUUGCGGUACCACCUCCGGGAAAGUACGACGAAUGACUGACUCUCACGGAAACGUUAUCCAAGUUGCGUAUCCCGGCAUGGCAGUGACAGUCUCGGGAUGGAAGACACUGCCCAAGGCUGGCGAUGAAGUCUUGGAAGGCUCAGAGUCGGACAUCAAAAAGGCGCUUGCAAACCGCAUGAGGAAAGAGGAAUCGGACGCUCUGCAGCAGGACGCCGAGGCCAUCAACGAAUCGCGACGACAAGAGCGCGAUGCUCGAGGCACCGAAGGUCCCGGUCUUUUGUUUGCGGAGACCACUUCACCUACAGGACCCAAAGAGCUUCGACUUAUCAUCAAAGCUGAUGUCAGUGGGAGCUGCGAGGCGCUGGAGGGUGCACUGAACGGGAUCGGCAACCACAUUGCAGUGUCGAAGGUUAUAUCGACUGGGGUGGGAGAGAUUACAGAAUCUGAUAUUAUGAUGGCGAAGGCCGCGAACGCUACUGUCGUCGGAUUCUCAGUUUCUGCUCCUCGCUCCGUCCAGUCCAUAGCUGCCCAGAAUGAGGUCCCGAUUAUGAUGUCCAACAUUAUCUACCGUAUCAUGGACGAUGUUCGCACCCGUGUCAUUGACAUGGUCCCCAAGAUCAUAGAGACCAAAGUCACAGGAGAAGCCACAGUGCUUCAGAUUUUUGAUAUCCACCUCAAAGGAAAAGAAAUCAUGAAGGUGGCUGGAUGCCGUGUUGCUAACGGACUCGUCGAGAGGUCCAAGUUCGCACGUGUUGUUCGGGGAGGAACGGUGGUACAUGAAGGAUCUCUUGAGACUCUUCGCCAGCUCAAGAGGGAUGUUACUGAAGCUCGCAAAGGCACGGAAUGCGGCUUGACCUUGAAAGACUUUUCGGACAUGCGGGACGGGGACACGAUUCAGAUGUACGAGAAAAUAGAGAAACCUGGGGUCCUUUAG